AUGGGUUCAACUAUUGAGGAGCGAAAUUUGCUAGCUGGCGUGCAGACUGGUAAAGCUCCAGGCUGCACGCUCAGCGACUUGCGUGUUCGGGUGCAGGAAACUGCGAUUAACGGGGUUGGCUCAGGUUAUAAGAGUUUGCAUGACGCUGCUGUACUAACGUUAAUGUCGCACACGUUUGGUCGAGCGAUCGAUACCUGUUUUGCUAGGAAGAGCAAGCUAUCUAUGGCGGCAUUGGGGGAGCUCUUUCUGCAUCUAGCUCGAAUCAAGACUUCGGUGGUUCAAGGCAUCUCGAUUUACAAGGCCGCGACUCACUGGGAGCAGUGUAUGCUGCACGGCCUCGGAAUGCUGUUCGUCGGAGCGUCGGAGCCUUCCAGCUAUGUGUUCCCGCUAGUGCCGCAAGCGGCGGCAUCGGAUUUUCCAGGGGAGAAGACCUACAGCCAAGACGAAGCUAUACUCUACUAG